UGUAUGUACACGUAGUCGGUUAUCAGUUGAUCGGAGGAUGUAGAUAUUUUUGUGUCCUUUUUUAAAAAUACUGUUCAAUUUAAAUUAUUAAUCGAACUGAUCUCCCUGCUUGGCAAACAUUGCCGAUUUUGCGUUACGUAUCAUAUGACACAAUGGAGCCCAAAUUGACAAACAAGAUCGAAUUUAACCCGAGGGCGUAUCAAAUAGAUCUCUAUGAAAAAGCGGUGCAAAAUAACACCAUUCUUUACUUGCCAACUGGUGCAGGCAAGACAUAUAUAGCUGUUAUGCUUUUGAGGCAUUUUAGCGCUGAUGUACGCAAGCCUUAUAGUCAAGGUGGAAAGCGUAGUAUAUUUGUCGUAAAUACAGUAGCAUUGGUGUCGCAACAAUCAAAAUAUAUAAGCAGACAUACAGGUUUAUUUUGUAAAGGUUACAGUGGAGAUAUGCAAGUGGACUAUUGGGAGGAAGAUCAGUGGUUGGCAGAAAUUGAAGCAAACCAAGUUUUGGUAAUGACAUCACAAAUUUUUCUGGAUGUACUCUCACAUGGAUAUAUAAAAUUAGAAAAAGUAAACUUAAUUGUAUUUGAUGAAUGCCACAGAGCAGUAAGCAAUCACCCUAUGAGACAGAUUAUGCAACGAUUCGAAGAUUGUCCUAAAGAUAAGCAACCACAUAUUUUAGCUAUGUCUGCAACAUUAUUGAAUGCCAAUAUAAAAUUGGAUAAAAUUGAAUCAACAAUCAGGUCCUUAGAAAUAACAUUCCAGUCAAAAAUAGCAACUGUAGAAUCAAUAGACUGUAUCCAAGGAUAUUGUACAAAUCCAAAAGAAAAUAUUGUCAUGUAUAUGAAAUAUCAAACUUCUGAAAUAAUUACAAAGAUAAGUCAAAUAAUAGAGAAGGUUUCAGAAGUAUUGAAAAAUAUAAAUUUGAAUAUGGAUGACUUGUAUAAACAAUCCAGUCGAGAGAUGCGGCCUAAAACAAAAUCUUCUAAACUACUAACUAUUAUGAAAGAUAUAGAAACAACUACUUUGCAAACAGGUAUAUAUGGUGGUAGUAAGUCAGCUUUGUUACACCUAAUCCAGCUAGAAAGUUUAAGAAAAUACUCCACUGAUUUGAUGAGUGAUACUGUUCUGGAUUAUAUGAUUACGCAAGUAAUUACAAUAAGAAAAUUGUUUGAUAAUGAGAUGAAAGGUUACACGGAAUUAGAACAGCUACACAACUUUUCAUCAGAUCAAAUUCGCAAAUUAUUUGAGAUAUUAACAAAAUGUAAUGAUGAAUUAUUAGGCAAUCAAAAAUUCUGCUGCAUUAUUUUUGUGAAGGAGAGAUUUAUGACACAAGUGAUUCAUCAUAUAUUAAAAAUGCUAUCAAAACUUGAUAAACAAUACAAUUUUCUUUUACCUGAUUAUAUAAUCGGGUUUCAGAAUAAUCCUUACAAGUACAGUAGAGAGAUUUCAUCUAUUGCAAAGUGGAAUAAGGAAGUAUUGGAUAGGUUUAAAGCUGGUUUGGCAAAUUGCAUUGUAGCAACUGAUGUUGUUGAUGAAGGUAUUGAUGUACCAAAUUGCACAUUGAUAAUACGAUAUGAUAUGCCAACGGAUUUCAGAGGUUACGUUCAAAGUAAAGGUCGAGCACGACAUAGUUCAAGUCAGUACAUGGUCUUAAUGCCAAAAGACGAUAUCGCUUUUCUUCAAAAAUAUGAAAGCUACAAAAAUAUAGAAUCACGAUUAAAAAUAAGUUUAGUGGGACAAAGUGAACUACGCAUACUUCCUACUGAUAGCGAUAUUUCAAGUUGUCUAUAUGUUAGUGAAAUUGAACCAUACGUAGUGAAACAAAAUGAUGGAAGUGUGGAAAGUUGUAUAACAGAGAUAUCUGCAAUCAAUAUGAUAAAUAUGUAUUGCAAUACUCUAAUGAAUUCCAAGUUAGUUCGUCUGGUGCCCAUUUGGAAAUUAUAUAAGAUGAAAAAUCAUGAUGGGACAUUGUUUAAGGUUUCUCUUAAAUUACCAAGCAUAUCGCCAUUAAAAGUCGAAAUUUACGGCGAUUCUAUGAAAACUAUAGAUAGCGCUAAACGAUCUGCUGCUAUGAAAACUUGCAUAAAAUUGCACGAACUAGGUGCAUUGACGGAUAAAUUAUUACCUGCAACUGGAAACGCAAUCUUACAAAAUUUGAAUUGUUUGUUUCCAAACUGGAUAGACGAAGACAAGAAUUAUUUACCUGGCACAUAUAAGAGAAAGCGAGGACAUAGACUAGAACACCCAAUGGCAUUAUAUAGCGCAUUCCCGAAAUCUUUAGAGAUAUUGCAUCUUCAUAUUCUUAAUUGUACUCCUACAUAUCCUAUGACGAGUUAUGAUAAUAGACGGAUAAUUUUUUAUAAAUUACUGAAUGAUAAGAAUGGCUUUGGUAUCCUUUCCACAAAGAGUAUGCCAAAGAUACCUUCCUUUCCGAUUUUUAUGAAAGACGGCCAAUUAGAUGUUGACGUAAAAAUCAAUUAUGCAACAAUGAUGCUAAGCGAAACCGAUAUUGAAUCGCUCAAAAGAUUUCAUUUCUUAUUGUUCAAUGAAAUUUUAUCUAUUAUUAAGAGCUUUAUGCUCUUUGAUAACGAAAAUCUUGAAAAUUCCUUUCUAAUUGUUCCAUUGAACGACAAACAAGAAAUAAAUUGGGAUGUUGUGAGAACGUAUCAACAUGUAGAACGAAUUAUGCCAUCUAAGCCUUUUCACUUCAAGACUAGCGAUUACGAAUUGGCAUUAGUCACUCCAACUUAUAGAGGAUCAGCAAAUGUUUAUAUAGUUACGCGUGUGUGUGACGAUCUUACGCCCGAAUCGUGCUUCCCUAAUGAAGAUUUCGAUACAUUCACGCAUUAUUACAAGGAAAAACAUGGUUUAACUAUAGAAAAUCUACAACAAUCGAUGUUGGAAGUGAAACCGAUACCAAUGAAGAUUAACUACAUAAAACCGAGGAGAUUGCUUGAUGGAUCAGUAAAAUAUAAGAAAACAGAUGACACAGUGGAAGAUCUUCAGGAACAUUUGAUUCCAGAACUAUGUUGGAAGAUAAAUUUUCCGGCUCUAUAUUGGUUAAAAGCAACCAUAUUGCCUUCCAUUCUUCACAGAAUUUCUCAACUCUUAAUUGCAGAAGACUUGAGAGUAAUUAUCGCAAGAGAGACUAAUUUAGGAUCUUUGACAUUGGAAAAAUGGUCUCCUUUAACAAUGGAAGAAGAUAGUGUGAAAUUGUUAGAGGAGAAACCUAGUAACGAAUUAGAUCUAAUGACGGACGAUAUAGUCGAAAUAAAGCAACCGGAUCUAAACAUAUAUGAAUUGAGCGAUUGUAGUCCCUCGAAUGACAAAGAACCUCAGGAUUUAUAUCGUAAUAUGGAGGAAGUCCAAAUGAUCGAUAUUCAAUAUUAUAAUCAUUUUAUAUCUCUAGAUUGUAAUGAUAAUAUUCAGAAAAAUACGAACAAGGGUCACAUCGAUCGUCGCAAUGUGAGACCGACUGUAUCAGUGCCAUCGUUGGAUAUUCUUGUGUCAUCUGAAAAACUUUUUCUUUCACAUGGUCCUAAUGUGAUAGAAAUCAUGCAUGCACUCACCACUCAAUUAGGUAUGGAUAUGUUUAACUUGGAGCGAUUGGAGACUCUAGGCGAUUCUUAUUUGAAGUUUAUUACAUCGUUAUUUUUAUAUCAUAAAUUUCCGGCAUUUAAUGAGGGUCAAUUAACGGCAUUGAAGGGAAAAAUCAUCGGUAAUCGGAAUCUGUAUUAUUGUGGUAAUAAGAAGAAUAUUCCCGGACGCAUAAAGAAUGACGCAUUUAUACCUACGAGUAAUUUCAUCGCGCCUGCGUAUACAGUAUUACGUCCGUUACAAACGAUAUUGUUGAACGAAUCGGUGGCGCCAAAUGUAUUGUACGAGCUACGAAUACCAGAAGAAGAGAAAUUCACCGGGUAUAUAAGCGAAAAUACAAAAAAUAUAAUGGAGCAGAUAGUAUCGAAUUGGGACAAGGAAGACACGCAAACUGGAUACGAGCAUUAUCUCGGUGUUCAAAUUUUAUCCGACAAGACUGUAGCGGACUCGGUAGAAGCGCUGAUUGGUGUUUAUCUCAGGAGCAACGGUAUAAGAGGCGCCGCAAAACUGCUCAAAUGGUUUGGCAUAUUGCCAGAUAUUCAGAUCGACGAAUUACUGUAUAGUAGUCCACUAGAUCCUUUAAUAGAUUCGGGGAAUCCCAACAAAUACAUGCCAUGGGCCGAUGAUAUGGAAACUAAGAUUGGCUAUAAAUUUAAUAACCGAGCCUUUUUAUUGCAGGCGUUCACUCAUCCAUCCUACACACCAAAUGGAAUAACCGAGUGUUAUCAAAGAUUAGAAUUUCUAGGAGAUGCUAUUUUAGAUUUUUUGAUUACAUGUUAUAUUUAUGAAAAUUGCGGGAACUUGAGUCCUGGUGAUCUUACUGAUCUGAGAUCUGCUCUCGUCAACAAUAUAACAUUCGCUUGCGUAGCGGUACGGUAUGCUUUAGACACUGCUUUACUGUCUUACGCUCCAAAAUUACACGAAGCAAUCGACCGCUUUGUGAAGUUCCAACAAGAACGAAAUUAUGUAGUUAACGAUGAGUUGCUGUGGGUAUUACUCGAAGAGGAGGAUUGUAAUCUGGCAGAAUAUGUUGAUGUUCCAAAAGUUCUUGGAGAUUUAUUCGAGUCUUUGAUCGGAGCCAUUUAUCUUGAUAGUGGCAAGAAUCUUACAAAAGUUUGGGAGAUUGUAUAUUCUUUUAUGCAUAAGGAAAUUGAUAAAUUUAGCAAAGACAUACCUAAACAUCCAGUACGACUAAUAUAUGAAAAUAAAGAUGCACGUGCCAAAUUUUUGGAUGCUGUAUUAAUUGAAGGUACAGAAACAAUCAUGGUACCUUUGAAAGUAACUAUUGCAGGUAAAGAGAAACUCUUCCAUGGUUUUGGAACUAAUAAGAAGCAGGCUAAAUGCGCUGCCGCAAAACAAGUAUUAAAAAAAUUGCAUCUUGAAAACUAAAUUUUUUAAUCUAUUAGUUUUAUAUGUGCAUGUAUUGUAUCUGAAUGAAUGAAUGUAUGUAUGUAUGUACGUAUGUUUGUUUCUUGCACUUGUAUGUGUGAAAAUUCAUAGACAUUCGUCGAGCAAUACUUUUUUCACGCUCGGCAUUUUAUUAUUAUAUAAUAAUGUUAUCUUUUUUUACUGCAUGAACUUCUUGAUUAUAAUUAAUAUGUUAAGUAAUUAAGUUGAUGCAAAUUUUCCUAUUUAUCAAUUAGUUCAAUCACCAUCUGAUUGUAAUAUAGACUUUUAGUGCAUAGAUCAAAAACAAAAAAAAUUCUAUUUAUAUCAAUUCUAUUUUUUUUUUUUGUUAAAGUUGUAUAAUAUUCUAUUUUAAAUAUUUGGUAACAAAUAAAUAUAAACAUGUUGCAUCAACUUGAUAACAUAUGAAAUUAUAAAUAUAAAAUUUUUAUUGAAAGAAUAUAUUCUAUAUAUUUUUUAAAACA